UGAGCGGACCAUGGCGGACCAAAGGCGACUGCAUCCUUUCAGUCGGCCGCUGAACCCGCGCGCCGUGCGGUUGGUUGUGUGUGUACCUUACACUCGUCUUCGAUUCGUCUCGUAACGUUUUUUUUUCGUACUCUCCACUGCAGAACCACGCGUGUGAGGUUUUUCUUUUCGCCGGUUGUCCGUUCGUAUCCACAAACGUGACCAGACCGAGGCAAACGAAAGAACAUUGGUUUCCAAAGGGACAUUUCCUGCCAAACAAGAGCACAACAUACGCUUGCGGAUUUUUUUGGUGUACAUCUCUAGAUUGUUUUCGUGCGCGGGCGUAACGCCGCCGACGUGAAGUUCUUCUGCAUGAUUUCGUUGAUCGAAUCGUCGUUGUACGGUACGAAAGGCACCGGGACCGAUGAGGAUGUAGUUCCCUAUUCGGCUGCCGCUUCACGAGAAUCGUAUCGAGAGGAUGUGUACGAACGCGCGAUACGAGAAGUCUGCACCUCGAGGCGAGACAGUUUCAUUGUGUUUGUUUUCUGAGAAAAGCGGAACCCAGUCGAGACCGAGAGUUAUCACUGCCAGAGUAAUGACACUCAGCUAGAAGCAUUAUUCCGUCCCAAAUCUCAUCCAUCGACGAAAAAAAUAAAUAAAAAGGAAACCAAAUAGGGAACAAAAACAAAGGGAUCGCUCCUGUUUCCGAGCAAAACUCGAUCGCUUUCUCUACUAUUCGAGAUCAAAAAGACUGAGAGAUAUCAAAGAGGCGGGCAAGAUGCUGGGAGUGAGUCAACCGGGAAAUCCACCCUCGAGUCUGCGACACUCGGCGAGCUUCUCUUGUUUGCAACGCGGCACCACCAGCGAGGGACAUCGGGCAAGGACCUCGACUCUGUUGCAGCAACCGAGCCUGCAGCUGAGCAACAGUCAUCAUCAAUACUCGUCCGGCCAGUCGUCUCUGCUGCAACCGUCUACCGGGACCGUGCAGAACCGCAUCGAGGCUUUGGAGGCCGUUCAAGAUAGCAACGAUUACGGUUUCGUUAAGAUUCGGCCGCGACUGCGUAGCACGAACGCCACGUUACACUACGAGGAGGAGUUGGCCGCGCAAAAGAACGCGUUAUGGGACCGAGACGCGGCGGCGUUCAGCGAUCGUGAAUGCGAUACCAAUUACAGGGAUUGUUCGUUGAAGAUCAAAGACCGCGAAUACUCGCCGAGGGGAGCCGCCGCGAAGAAUCAAAACCCGUUGAGAGGAGCUCUGAUACUGUUCACUUCUACGUCCUCCUGGUGGAAAGCGAGACAGCGAGAGGAUCAGCUAAACGUCUCAUCGACGGAUCGUAUGGUGACGUCGACCACGACCGCUACGACCUCGUCCGAACGAAAGUGGUCGAGUACCUCGAUGGCGUCGCCGUCGAAUGAAAGAAAGUGGCAGUCGGUGACCUCGCCCACGAACGACCGGAAAUGGUCGGUGGGCAACAGCGCCCUGACGUCGCCGGGCAACGAGAGGAAGUGGAACAGAUCGUCCGUCUCGUCGAGCUCGACGGCAGGACAGCAGGACAGGAAGUGGCGGUCUCUUGGCGCUCUGCUAAGGGCUCCCACCGGUACCGGUUCACACGCGGUUCAACAUUCGUUGUCCCACAACAUGAGCAUCUCCAUGAUUGAGGGCGAACACUUCCGAGAGGAUGUGCGUGGCUCGAGUUGCAAAUCGACGCGUUAUCAACAGCCCACGUCUUAUUCCGCGCGUGUAUCUCGCGUCAGCCGGGACAUUUACAGAGAGAACAAUGGCGAAUUUGGUCAGACCUCGGGAAGAUCGAGGGUGAGCCGUAAACUCUACCAGGAGAGUAUAGAGUCUACGGAGAGGGACGUGAUGGAGGAUAGACACGUUCAAACUAGACACCAGUUUGACGACGAAUGCAUAACUCGGACGAACCGCGAGAGGGUCUGCAAAGCGGAACAGCAGGUACUUGGGAGCAGCGAAACCCGCGCGACAAGAUCCAGUCGGGCGCAGAGCUUUUAUCUUCUAGACGAUUUCCUGCGGCCACAGCCGCAGCAGAACAAGUGCAUGCUGAAUGUUUAUUUGUCACCAUCGCACAAGUCGUCUGCCAGUGGUAACGAUCAUUCGGUGGGAAGAUCGGCUGAGGUGAAGCAAGUCUCGCAAGCGAACGUAACUAAUAUCACGCCACCGCGACGCCAUAACUCUAGCUCAGACAGCCUCGAGGUCGCGACAAGUCCGCUUCCGCCGCCCGUGCCGCCCCCGCCGCCUCAGGUCACCGCAACCCGGGAUAGGGAGAGGGCCGAGAAUUUCAAAGAAAAGGACGUAUGCCAGUGCAAAAUGUGCUGGACCAAUAUGCAGCAGAGAUCUUUCGUAGAAGAGGUGAGUAGGCGCUCCAAAGAACGUGCAUCUUUGUAUCAAGAGACGGGGAGGAGUCCUGGAACGUUGCACAAAGAUGUCGGUGGUGCUGGUACCAAGGUCAGCGGAAAGGCGGUCGGCGGUGCGACCAUCACCACGCUCUCCUCCAUCAAUAACACAUCCAACACCACCCUUAAGAUUAAGAACAAUGUCGUACCUCAAGAGAAAGUAUUGGCAUUCUUUCAUCCCAGGCCGACGCGGGCCGAUAAAUCGGACAACAACAACACGACCAACAACUCCACCACAACCACCAACAACAUCCAUAACAACAUGCCGAUACACGACCCUAUCAACGCCACAUCUCGCAAUGUAUAUCCGACGAGCUUGCCAAUGACAGCCUCAGAGGCUCUCAAGUAUUAUGGUUCGAGACUGACAGAGUUUGAGCGAGCUGAAGUCGAGAAGUACUCGGAGAUUUGGUAUCUUGGCUUGUCUGCGACGAAAAUUCAUGGGGAGGAGGGUGCAUCGCAGAACGGUGGAUACGAUGACGAGAAUGGUAGUUACAACAAGGUCUUCCACGAUCAUAUCUCCUACAGAUACGAGAUACUGGAAGUGAUUGGGAAAGGAAGCUUCGGGCAAGUGAUCAGAGCGUUGGAUCACAAGACAGGACAGUACAUCGCGAUCAAGAUCAUCAGGAACAAAAAGAGAUUCCAUCACCAGGCGCUGGUCGAGGUUGAAAUCUUGGAACACCUCAGGAAGAAAGACUUGGACGCGAACGCGUCGCACAAUGUGAUACACAUGUUAGAAUACUUCUACUUCAGGAACCACUUGUGUAUCACUUUCGAGUUAAUGAGUUUGAAUCUGUACGAGCUAAUCAAAAAGAGUAACUAUAAGGGAUUUAGUCUGAGCUUAAUACGACGAUUCGCUAACUCGUUAAUUAGCUGCCUCAGACUUUUGUAUCGAGAAAAGAUCAUUCACUGCGAUUUGAAACCCGAGAACGUGCUUCUUAAACAGCGGGGAAGCAGCUCGAUUAAGGUGAUAGAUUUCGGAUCCUCGUGUUACAGUCACCAGCGUGUGUACACGUACCUCCAGUCGAGGUUUUACAGAAGUCCGGAAGUGAUUCUGGGUCUUCCUUAUGGUACGCCGAUCGAUAUGUGGAGUUUGGGCUGCAUUCUCGCCGAACUUUACACCGGCUGCCCAUUGUUUCCUGGCGAGGACGAGAUCGAACAGCUCGCAUGCAUCAUGGAAGUUCUUGGCCUGCCGCCGGAACACAUUAUUAAUCACGCGUCCCGUCGCAGGCUUUUCUUCGACCCGAAGGGCAUUCCGCGAUGCGUAACAAACAGCAAGGGGAAAAAGAGGUGGGCUGGUAGCAAGAAUCUUGCGAUGGCCCUUCGUUGCAACGACACGCUUUUCGUAGACUUCGUUAGCAGAUGUCUCGAGUGGGAUCCAAAAAAGCGCAUGACCCCCGACGAGGCGAUGCGCCACGAAUGGUUAAACUCAUCUACUUCUCAUGUCAGCUUGUCGACGUCGACGAUAGCUGCGUCGACGGUAAACUCGAAUGCGAACGCGAACGUGAACGUGAACGCCAACAAUACGAGUAUGGAGACCUCUUCGCAAUCGGCCCACGCGCAAACGGUCAGCGUGACAGUGAGCGCGCCAAGGCAACGCGCGACUACCGUUGAGGAACCACUGUACACGAAGUACCCGUUGUACAAAAGUUGGAAGUAUAUACAGAGUAUCAGCACGACCAAGAACACCGACAACAGCACCGGCCUCGUGGUGAAGAGCAAGUUGAACGGGAGCGCAAGUAGCCACGCGCUCGCGAGUAGCACGCAGACCACUACCUCGAGGCACGCCUCGACCGGCGAUAUCGUCGCGAGUCUGGAUCCGAAUCUCGACGAUUCCGAUUACAUAACUACGAUAUUAACGAAGUUAUCCGAGUAAUAGAGCACACAGGCGUCACCAGCACGAGAGAAAGAGAGAGAGCUGCCCGCAGAAGCACUUUAUUCAACUAAUUAGUCAGAGCGGCAAGAGUCCAACCGUUUAACGAGCGUAGCAUCUUAAGUCACGUAAUAGACUCGUUAACACAUACACACACACACACACACACGUAAAAAAUUAAAAAGAACAACAGACAUACACUCAGAUAGAUUUAUAGCGAAACACGAAAUAUCAAAUUGUGUAUAAUAAAAACUAACAUUAAUAGAGAUAAAACGCGUACGCGUCGGUAUGCAUGUGUGAGAAGAUAAAUGAAGAGAACGGAGAAACGAGAAAGGAAGACACAGAAAGAAGAUAUAACGCGUUAAAGGAGAGAAUGUGUCCGGCGAGAAUGCGUUAAACAUUAUCGCAUAUACAUAUUAUACAUAUACGACUCUUACGUAUUAAGUAAAAAUCACGCAAAAGCGAAAAAAGCGAGUUAAAUAUAGGGUAUUCAUUUAGAAAAUAGAGGAGACCAUUUGAACAACGUAGCUCCAGUAAGUGGAAUCCUCUAAUCUCUUUUACUAUUACACCCCCUUCCCGACGGCACUGUUCGAUCGCGCGUUCAAUCCUAGUAUUUAAAUUGUUCGCCAAAUUUUCAAAGCGCAGCAUCACUUUUUUAAUGAACGUUCUCCGCUCAUACAGUGUCCAUAGAAAGUAUUGGCACACACACUCGUAUUUUUUAAUCGACAUCUAUCUUUGAUUACCAAAAUAUUAGCUCUAAUAAUUUCAUGAAAGUACCAUGGAAUAAUAGAAUUUGAUUAAUAAAUGCUUAAUCGCUAAAAUAAAUACAGUAAUUGUGUCAGUACAUUUUCUAGCCACUGUAUAUACAUAUAUGUGUUAUAUAUGUAUAUUACGUACACUAAUGUGUUCGAUGAAGUAACUGUUCAUCAAGUUGUAAUGAACACAGAUCGACGUUUGAUGAAUACAAUAAUCAUCGCGCUACGACUGCCGCUAUUUCGCGUGCUUAACAUGUUCACUCUAGUUAGAUAUUGAGUAAAUGCUUCCAAUAAAUCUGGUUUGGGCAGCAAAUUUAUUUGCGAAUAAUAAACAAUUGUUUCGAAUUUUUCUUCUUAUUAUUAUUAUUCAAAUAAACUUUGCUGAACUCAUCACUUUUCUAUAUCCGUAGUGUAUUCAUACAAGUCAAAGCAAAACAAAUACUUUGAAGUAAGCUAAAAAAUUAUAUACUGACGAGAAUAUCUCGAUACUGGCAGCGAACAUGUUAAUCAAGCAUUUAAUUAAAGAGCGUGCCAAAAGGAGUUAUUAUCCCUAAUUGCGUUGGUUUUUGUGAGAACAGUUUAAUCAGGCCGAUUGAACGCAUUUAACACGAAAGAUUCAAAAACACGGCAAGUUCGUACGUAGUUUUCCAUUGUUGAGGAUCGUCCGUGUCGAUCGUACAGUCCUUGAGUUUUUAGUUGUGUUCACUAUAUUGUAUACAGUGGGAUCAAAUUACAUGCGUUAGGAUCGACUAAUUACGUAAACCGACUGUCUCACGGUUAAAAUACGUACGUACGUAAAACAUGUACCGAAGCAUGCAUACGCGUAUCGCAUGAGACAGCGUAUGCCUAAAUAAACGAAAACAACAAAAAAUUGACGUAUACUUUCUUUAGAAAUACGUAAAAAGAAGAAUAGUAAUGUAUAGAACGAAGAGGUAUUUGAGCUUGAAUAAUCGGUUGACGUAUCCUCUAUGAGAACAGAAUUUCUUGUAUCUGAUGAGAUUGAAUUGAUAAAAAAUCAUGCCGCGAAAAAUCAUCACCUCGCGAUCCAGAUUUGUCGGUUUAAUAAUCGAAAUCGGAAACUUGUAGGGACACGAUAGGAUUAGUGAACUAAGGUAUCCGAAAUGUUUGGAUAGACAAAAAUUUAUCUGAGUAUCUUUAUCGGUAACCAGAUAUUUGAUGAAUCAAAAGCUCUAGAACACGCGGCAGUCGCUUUCUAGUCCGAAAACGUGGCACGGCUACGACAAAAAGAAAAGGGGAUGGUCUAACAAGAUAGUCUAAACUCGUACCGCGUAGAACAAAAGGAAGAAGGGAAGGAGGAACUCUCUUUCGGGCUUCAGCGUGGAAUGCUCUUAGCGCAUAUCUGUUAGAACAACGUGUAACUAAUUAUCGAGUUAACGACGUGAUUAGAUCUAACGAAUUCAAUUAGGUAGUAACUGUACGUACACGGCAAGAUCAUUGCCUUCGCCACGACCGUCCCUUUUCCCCCUCCUCCGUCGACGCAAUUUUACACCCUUAGCGUACGAUUAUCUACCACGAAAUAAUUGUCUCGACCAAUUAACGCAUUGUUCGUUCACUCAUUGAAAAGUCAAACCAUUAUAAGUUCUUACCAAGUCACACUGCUUGAGCAAUUUAAUCUUUAGGUGAUCAAAUUGUAUUUGCAUAAAAUAAGUUCACUUGAUAAUGCAUAAAUUACAUCCUAUUUAAUAUACGAGAGAGUAUUUUUGUCAACACUUAUUCGGUCAGUUUUAUUUUAUAAUAAAGUUUUACAGAAUUUUACAAUGCGUUAAUCGUUCUUAGAUACAAUUAACGUAUCCCGAUAGGACAAUCACGAACAACAGUUUUGUGUUAGCUAAAAAUUUUAAUAGCUGUGCGUUUACAUAGAAUUUCAAGGUAGCAAAAUAUUAUUCCUCCUUCGUCGUGAGCCAUGUUCGAUUGUUCAUCGAGAUUUUUUGCGCUGUUGCCGAUUGAGAGAGACUGCAACGGAAUUUGUAAACUUUCUCCGUAUAUUGUGUAAGUUUUUUCGUCAUUGUCUUUAUAAACGAUUAAUAGACUUUAUGUGGUUAACAUAGAAAAACGUAUCCCUUGAGGUAAAAAAAAAAACGCAUGUACAAAUGUAAUAAUAAAUAUAUCUUUGGUAACGACACACAAAUUUUCGCAUGUUUGAGAUAUAAAGGAUCGAUAGCGUAAAUUUUAAUUGUGAUUUUCUCUUCUUUAGGAAUGUGAUAGCGUGUGUUACAUUAUAUAAUAUUACUUUGAGACGUUGCACGAAGAAUAUUUUAUUCGACGUGUAAAUUGCGAGCUUCGCAAAAAAUGAGGAUUAAAGAGGAAACGUUUUAAAAUCGGGAGGGGGAAAGGACAUAUUAACAGGAAUUAGAGAAAGUGUAGAUCGAAAUGAGAGGAAGGGGAAAAAAAUGAGAGUGAGAGAGCAGGAAUUGAUACCGAUUGAUUUGUAACUCAGCGUCUGAACAGCGAAAAGGAGAGAACUUGUUAUGAUCGUGUAAAUGCGAGUUCGUCAAUUUCUGCCCAACUUAAUUAUAGUGAACGAAAAUGAAGAAUUGCUAAUAAUAAAACGAUUAUGAUAAUGA